UGAUCCACUUCUUCGAUGCCGUCAAAGCGGACCGCACGCGGAGCUGGCUGUACGCCGCCUGCUCACUCUCCUACCUGGGCGCCAUGGUGUCCAGCAACUCGGCUCUGCAGUUCGUCAGCUACCCGACACAGGUCCUCGGCAAAUCUUGCAAGCCCAUUCCAGUCAUGCUGUUAGGAGUGACUUUGCUGCGGAAGAAGUACCCGCCGGCCAAGUACCUCUGCGUCCUCUUAAUCGUGGGGGGAGUCGCCCUGUUUCUCUAAAAGCCGAAAAAGGGGGCUGGGAGCGACGACCACGUCUUUGGCUACGGAGAACUUCUCCUGCUGCUGUCCCUGACCCUGGACGGGCUGACCGGUGUGUCCCAGGACCACAUGAGAGCUCACUACCAGACGGGUUCCAAUCACAUGAUGCUCAACGUUAAUCUCUGGUCCACCUUGUUCCUGGGGGCUGGGAUACUGUUCACUGGAGAGCUCUGGGAGUUCCUGAGUUUUACGGAGCGCUACCCCAGCAUCACUUACAACAUCCUGCUGUUCGGCCUGACGAGUGCGCUGGGUCAGAGUUUUAUUUUCAUGACCGUGGUGUACUUCGGCCCCCUGACUUGCUCCAUCAUCACCACCACCCGCAAGUUCUUCACCAUUUUAGCGUCUGUCGUUCUGUUUGCCAACCCCAUCAGCACGAUGCAGUGGGUGGGGACCGUCCUGGUGUUCUUGGGCCUUGGACUCGAUGCCAAAUUCGGGAAGGGAGUAAAGAAGACGUCACAUUGAGGAAGUGGCUGAUCUCUGCAGUUGGAAUGAACUUUUAAUUUAUUGUCUUGUACCUCAAAAUCUGUUAUGAAACUGGACUCAGGAUAGGUAAUCAGAAGGAGAGUGUUUGUAAUUUUUUUUUUUGUUUUAGUUUUUUAAUUCUAAAUUGUCUUAAAAGUGUAAUACUUUUGUUUUAAUUGUAAUUCAGCUUUUUUUUUUUUUUCUGUAAUCAAAGCUGCAUUACUAGAUCCUAGCAGCAGGACGAAAUUCUUGCCUUAACAG